CUGAUUGGCGGCGAAUGGAUCUAAUGAUUUUAGCAGGCUUGAGAGGAAGGCGGGCUGAUGGCGAAGCAGAUAAGGCCUGCGAGGGCCGGGGGAACGAGGCGAGACUGAGUGUCAAUAGACAGAACUUCGCUUGGCUGCCGGAAGAAGCUGCUCGGAGUUUGAGGUUGCCGGAGAAAGAGGGUGAAGAGGAUGGGGAUGAGAUGGGAAGAAGAAAGGGUUCGCUAAAUUGGAUGAGUUUGAGAUCACCAUCAACAAUUGAUUUGAUGAUGCAGAUUGGAGAAGAACGCCGAUAUGAACAGAGAUGGAGUGAGGUCGCCACCCUCCUGCACUCGCCGUCGUCGAAGAUCUUAGCAGCUGCUAGCAGGAGAAAAAAAGGAGAAAUGGAGAAGUCGACGACGACGACGCCUGGAGAAAAAAGGAAGAAAGAAGGUUGCUGGUUGUAGAGAGGAAGAUGAAGAAAGCAACCGAUUAGGGGUAAGGUUUUGAAAAAAUGAAACAAAAAUGA